CCACGAUCCCCUCUUGUGCAGGGUGACACCCAUGGGAAUAGAGGCGCCUCCCCCACUACCCGGGAUACGCGAACAUGUUUGCCAAUGCUGAGUUUACGCUAUCAAAUCCAAUUCAGGCACUUGCAGGACACAACUCACAGCAACGGAAAAAGACAUGCGUUUUUUGAGAUUCAUAGGAUUGGCCUGGAUCAGGCUUGACCCAGCCGGCGUGGGGCAGGUCGGAGGAAUUGACCCUAGGGAGAGCUUUGCAAAGCCACCAGAAGCAGGGAUCAGAAAAACGAAGGGCCCGAUAAAGCCUUGGGGGACUGUGGGAGGGGCUCAAAAAGCAUCAAUGAGGAGCGAGAAAACUCGGAUACUUGAGAGAUAUCUAGUCUAAGUUGCCCCAGCGGAGACCACUAUCGACCAACAUGACGUACACGCCGCAUGCGCAACACUCAGAGGGAGACCACUAAGGGUCGUUGAUGGGCCACACGCCCAGGUUCAAGGUGGGAGGAUCUAACCGGGUUAGUAAUAGCCUACGGACCAUCGCUUCAAGCAAUUACCAUCGGGCGAUGGUCCGGAAGCUCUUCAGCAAACUCUGUGAGUACCUACCUGCUCAGGUACCUACCUUACCUACUGUGCGCCUGGGCGUCUCGAAUACCUUUUAAUGGCUUGAUCUGCUCUUUCGUGUCCAUGGAGAUUUACCCUUCUUCUCAUCCUUUCUGCUCUUCCUCCAGCUUAAUGUUGCAGCGACAACACUUGACUGCUAUAUCUCCCUUUUACUCUUGGUUCUUUCUCCCAAAAUGGCGCUCCGCCCUAUCUUUACUGCCACGCACCCACGUGCAUGCUCUACGGCCUUUGAGCGGGUCUUCAUGGCCCGCCGCGAUAUCCUAGAGAGUGUUCACGAACCUUUUGGAGAUGCCUUCUACUAUGGUCCUGAGAUCCUCAGUGAUCGUUUCAGAAACGACACUGCCACUCGCGAGCAGAGUGGUUUCUCGCAAAAGACCUACAAAGACGUCCUCAACGAGGUCAUGGAUGCGGGCAAAGAUGGCAAGCGAAUCUUCAUCAAGGACAUGGCCUACUACCUCAUGGCCCCAGACAACAAGCCUACCAAGGUUGCACCGUCUCUGGGAGAGGAAGAGCCCGGCAACCCAACGGUUCUGCCACUAGAGGUCCUGAAGCAAUUCCAAUUCACCUUCCUCAUCCGCCACCCUCGCCGAGCUAUCCCCUCAUACUACCGUUGCACGGUGCCGCCUCUGGACGAAGUCACUGGUUUCUAUGACUUCAUGCCCAACGAGGCCGGUUAUAAGGAGCUCGUGCGUUUCUUUGAUUUCCUGAUCAAGGAGAACAUCGUCGAUAAGGACAACCUCGUUGUUAUCGACGCUGAUGAUCUUCUCGAUAACCCCGAGAAGACCAUUCGUCUCUACUGCGAGAAGACGGGCAUUGACUUCAAGCCCGAGAUGCUCGAGUGGAACGAUGAAGAUUGCAACUAUGCGACCAUUGCCUUCCAGAAAUGGAAUGGCUGGCACAACGAUGCUAUCAAGAGCUCGGCUCUGAGGCCUCGGACUCAUCACCAGAAGACGAUGACCACCGAGUCUGAAGAUAAGGAAUGGACCGCCAAGUAUGGUCCCGAGGCGCAAAAGGUUAUCCGUAAGACGGUCGAGGACAACGUAGCCGAUUACGAGUACCUGAAGCAGUUUGCGCUACCUAUUUAACUUCAUUGGCUAUGUGCUCGCUCUGCUUUUUCAGGGGUUGCUUUUCCUCUCUCUACGGUUUGGACCUGUUCUGGCGUUUCCGCCCUCUGUCAGAUUGGACUUUUGCACCUGGCGAAGAGCCGGGGUAAUAAAUGAUUUAUGAGUGUUUGGAUUUAGUUGAUGGUACAGCUAUUAUGGUACAGCAACUUGGGCACCACGCCACCUGAUGAAUAUAUACAUGCUCCUUCAUCUACAAACCUUUGCCAACUGUCUGAGGAGUGUCCUUUUUGAAUCUCUAGACACUUGAUGACACACCUUUCCAUAUGGCCCAACCCGAUGGAGUCCAAAAUAUACAUUUUAUACAAUGGAGAUAGAACACGUAUAAUAAUGACUGAAGUGGGAGAGCCUGGUGUUCGUGGAAGACUCAAUCUCCAACCCAACCGCCUUUUAUGCCGUCUCCUGGGGCUUUUUGUUCAUUUCAGUCCUCUCUUUGAGUUCUUCAUUCAGCCACUGGCUCCGGUGCCUUCUCCUGACCGUCCUUCUUCUCGGGCUCGUUCGAAAUGUAGCUCGGCUUUUCGAACAGACCAUGUGUAACGUUUUCAGACCACUUCUGGGCAUACUCCUUGUCCUGGUCGUUUGCCCAGCUCACCUUGACAUCUAAAAGCUUCUUCUCAGCGCCCUCGGCAUCUUCUGAUAGAACGAUUUUGUUACCGCGGCCAGCACCGCUCAGAACAGACGCUAUGUCGGCGAUGGAGUUCGGCUUCUGGGCGUUGAGAGCAAUGCCGCGCUCCUCUCUGGUUCUGAUGGGGCGAUGAUUCAUGUUACCCUUCUCCUUCUGCUGGGCCACUCGCUUGCGGUCGGCUUCACUGAACUCUUCGGGGUUCUUAUAUCGGAAGUCGUCGUCCCAUGCUACCUCGUGCAGGUGCUUCAACUCGCGCAAUUUUUGGAAGACAGAUCGACCAAUGGAGCCUUUCCCGGCGGGGAAGGAGAUAUGUGCGAAGGGAGACCAGUAGUCUUUUCGAAGUUUGGCGGGUUUUGUCUUUUUACCAUUGAAUGGGAGUUGCUUAAGAUCAUGGAAACCCUACGACAUCAAGUUAGCACAUCCAUGCUGCUUACAGGGAUCCUUUUAUAAUUGGACUCACGUUUAGCGUCUUAUCAAAGCUGUAAAUGAUUUGGUUCGUUCUUCUGUGGCCGAAUACCCAAAUAUCCUCCCCAUGUCCCUCAGGUGGAGGGAAUCCUCUGCCAUCCUUCUUCUUGCCGAAAUGGCCGUGUCGCACCCAUAUCCGUACGUAGCUGGGCAAUUGGCCCAAUCGAGAUGUCGGUGCCGUGUUCAUGGUCGCCCACUGGGAAGUUGAGAUGGCCUUGAUACUGGAGAUUGAUGGGAAAAAAUGCCAGUAUCGCCGGUUCAAUCACGGACGAGUGUACGGUCACGUGAUAUUAGAAUCAUAUGUUGGGGCAGUUUUAAUCUACAAUCAUCUCAACUCAUCAUUUAACCUAUCAAAUCUGACUGUUAUCAUCCAUUGUUUGCGCUUAGACCUUGUGGUAUCAAAGGACUCUCAUGCAAUUGAAAUCUUUGUCUUUCUGGCC